AUGAGAGCUCUGUUGGUGCAACAAAGGGUUGUAGGAGCUUUGCAAGGGUCGGCGACAUUGCCGGUCGAGAUGUCCGAGAAAGAGAAGAACGACAUCAUGGACCUGACUCACAACUUGAUAAUCUUGAGCUUGGAUGACAAAGUUCUUGAGCAACGCUUAUACUCUUUCAAGAUGCAUGAAGAUAAAUCCGUCAUAGAGCAAAUUGAUGAGUUCAACAAGAUUAUUGAUGAUAUUGAAUAUAUCGAUGUCAAGAUGGAUGACGCGGAGAAGACACUAUUGUUGUUAAACUUCAUUUCGAAGAGCUACGAGCAUUUCAAAGAUGCGAUGUUCUAUGGAAGGGUGCAAAAAAUUUUCUUGGAAGAGGUUCAGUCGCUGAUUAGAGCCAAAGAACUUCAAAAGAAACAUGACAUAAACGAGGAAAUCAACGGAGAUGGUCUUGUCGUGAGAGGAAGAUCAGACAAGAAAGAUUCAAGAAACGUAUUCUUUAACCAUCAGGCAUAUGGGGAUUCUGGCAUCAUUAUAGGCCAGACUGGUGAACAUGCAGAACAAGGGAAAUACAAUGGAAUUGAAUACAUGAAAUGUGCACCAGAAAACAAUUUUUUCCCUAUCUUAUCAGCCGUUAAGCCAACAGAUAUCAUCUUCUUCUGCUCGCCAAACAACCCUACAGGCCAUGCCGCUUCCAGGAAUCAGCUAAUAAAGCUGGUAGAAACUGCACGAAGGAAUGGAUCAAUCAUUGUGUUUGAUUCUGCUUAUGCAGCUUAUAUAUCGGAUGAUAGCCCGAGAUCCAUCUAUGAAAUUCCUGGCUCCAAAGAGGUUGCAAUUGAGGUCUCUUCUUUCUCAAAAUCUGCUGGUUUCACUGGAGUUAGACUUGGCUGGACUGUCAUCCCUGAAGAACUCUCCUACUCCAAUGGCUACCCUAUUCUCAGAGAUUUUGAUCGCAUUAUUUCAACCUGCUUUAAUGGAGCUUCUAACAUUGUUCAAGCUGGUGGCCUCGCUUGUUUAUCACAGCAAGGACAGAUGGAUUUGCAAGAAGUAAUCAAUUUUUACAAAGAGAAUGCAAAUAUUUUAGCUGAAACUCUUUCUUCCAUUGGUCUACAAGUUUAUGGUGGCCUGAAUUCUCCAUAUCUAUGGGUUCAAUUUCCUGGUACAAAAUCAUGGGCUAUGUUUGCUGAAAUCCUUGAGAGAACACACAUAAUCACUGUACCUGGUUCUGGUUUUGGUCCCAGUGGCGAAAGUUUCCUCAGGAUUAGUGCUUUUAAUCACAGGGAACUCAUUCUAGAAGCUUGUAGAAGAUUCACAAGAUUUCUAUAA